AUGGCGCCAAAGCUGGAAUCUCGAAAGAGUGAGGACGGAAAGGAGACUACCAGCGAAAAUUUGAUGUUUAUCGAUCCAUCUCCAACUGACAUGGAGAUGCUGGGUGCGUCACAAGAGGCUUCCUCCCCUCUUACUCAAGUGACUGUACCACUGGCUGGUUUCCAGAAAAUUUCUCAGUCUUCCGAUACGCUCAGCCAUCCAUCUUCGCAUACCUUAAGUCAUGGAUUACCACCUGCUCAGAUACGCUUUUCACGUAGACCAUCUGUACCAAAUCGCUCUUCCUCUCCCUCGUCCUCGGCAGUGGACAUUACAAAGCGUCCGUCAGACUAUAGCUCUGACAAUGAACACGUUGGCUCACCGCCCGGCUACAUUCGCCAUCCAGGUCCUACUCGACGUCAGUCCGAUACUAAUGAUUGGCCGCAUGGAGUGCUCAGUGGUGGCUUACUGAUUCGUUUUUUGGAGGACUUGUCGCGUAGCUCUCGACGCGACCACUGGCAGGUCUGUACCUGGCUGGAAAACUUUGCUGCGCGCUUCGGUCGCUUCCACAACCUCGAUGGCCUCGUCGUGACGAACGCACAAGACAUGCACAUGCUUAUGCUAGCACACAAGUUGUGGCUCGAAACAAAAAGCACACCAGCCGAGGGAGACAUCUUCUGGGUGCCGGGAUUAGAGCCAGCAGGAAAUGUCGAUCCGGACUGGGAAGCCAAGACAAAGAAUAAUCUUCCCGAACUAUCUAGCACACACAGCCAGAAGCAUUGGAUGGCAGGAGAAGCACAAUAUCUGCACGGUACCUCAAUAGAGCGGCCUAGAAAGGGAAAUAUGGUUUGUGAGAGAUGGAUUGACGGCAUAGGGUGGGAGAGGGAGAUUUGGCAAGCAUGA